AUGUGCUUUGGCAGAAGAGAUCCCACGCGGAAGUCCUAUCAACAGAUAGAGCCUAGCUACGACAACCCUCCACGCUUGCGCACGCCAAGUAUCAGCUCGUACACGUCAGAAGAGAAGCUUCGACAAGACCGUAUUAUCCACAACCACGGCUGGGCCAAUAGCGGCCUGUCUGAAAAGCAGCAGAGAGCCAUGGCGCAAACAUUCAGUGAUGAGAUUCAGAAGGCCAAGGAUCGCGGCGAGUGGUAA